AUGGAGGUUACAACAACUAAGCUGGUGGAUGUUGCUGCUUCUUCUGAGUGCUGUGAGGAGGAAGAAGAAGAAGAAGUAAUGCUUCCCGGGUUCCGAUUUCACCCGACCGAUGAAGAGCUCGUCGGGUUUUAUCUCCGCCAAAAGGUCGAGAAGAAACCGAUCUCAAUCGAAAUCAUCAAACAGAUCGAUAUCUACAAAUAUGAUCCAUGGGAUCUCCCAAGAGUGAGCAAUGUGGGAGAGAAAGAGUGGUACUUCUUCAGCAUAAGAGGGAGGAAAUAUAGAAACAGCACGAGGCCAAAUAGAGUGACAGGGUCAGGGUUUUGGAAAGCAACAGGAAUUGACAAACCAAUCUUCUCCACACAUAUCAUGAAAUCAUCACCAAAUUACCAAGAGCGCCCUUCUUGUAUUAUUGGCCUCAAGAAAUCUUUGGUUUACUAUAGAGGAAGUGCUGGCAAAGCCACCAAAACUGAUUGGAUGAUGCAUGAGUUUAGGCUUCCCUUCAACACAAAUAAUAACUCUUCUCAACCUUCUCUUCAUCAUCAUCAUUCUUACAUUCUUCCUCAAGAUGCUGAAGUUUGGACCCUAUGUAGGAUUUUCAGAAGAGUCCCAUCUUUCAGAAAGUACACUCCAUCAACAAAUAACCCUAAGAACCAAAACAAUAUUAUUAUUAAUAAUCCAAUACCAAUUUCUGAUCUCACACUCCAAAACCCUAAUUACCAUUCCAAUACUAUUUUCACCUCUAAAUCAAACACCACCUCCCCCUUUUCAACUCCCCUGCAUCAUGAAACCAAGCCAAACCCUAAUUCUCAACAGCUCAACAUCUUCAACCCUAACUUACCCCUAUCCCAUGCUAUUUUCUUGGAACCCUCUUCUUCGUACCCGUCGAGCUUUCGGAACGACGUCGAUGGAAAAGAAGGAAGAGACGAUAUCUUCACGAACAGAGGUUGGGAUGAGCUCCGGCCUGUCGUGCAGUUCGCCGUUGAUCCUUCUUCCCAACUAUAUGAUUGUAUAUAA